AUGGGUGUUCAGAGCCAGCAGACUUGGAAACAAGCUAAUAUGAAUACUUUGUUUCAUUUCAUACAGCAAGAGUUUUCAUUCCUCCUGGAUACAAGUUCCCUCAGCAAAGCAGAUGAUGAUCUUAUAAUCAACAUUACAGCAAACUGUGAAAAUGAAGUAAACCAAGGCACGUUAUCGAACAAUGUUGUGACUUUCGUCAUACCAACAAGAAAUGAGGUCAAUCUCAAUGUCAUUGGAAUGGUGUCUCCUUUAUCGCUUGUGUUUGGACCCUCUGAAGAGGAAAUUGUUGCCCCAUGUGUUAUGGAGAAGAUAUCAUUCACUUUUAAUGUAAUCAAUUCUGGAUCCAGUCUUGCUCCCGGUGCCAAGCUGGAGAUAAUGAUACCCAACACGUUUGCACCUAGCAAAAUAAAAUUGUUCAAUUUGCUGGACGUCUCGACUACUGCUGGACAGUGUUCGUUUACAAAUUAUUUUCGAGAAUGUGAUACGCCAAAGAAAAAUGGAACAAUGUUUGGGGAUCUAGUUGCCUUCUUUUCAAAACCUGAGAAGAGGGUAUUGGUAAGUGUCUUAUAGUAAUUUAAGUACGCACUUGUACAUAACUUACAAGUUAUUGCAUUAGUUACUUAGACUUACUGUUUCAGGAA